CCCUUUCAAAUUAUUAUUUAGGCGCGCAUCUUUUAUAGAACGCUCCUAAUAUUUGAUCGACUACAAAAAACGUUCGCGAAUCUACUUUCAUCGAAUCACAACCCACACAGAGGAUUCAAACGGUGCAGUGAUCGACCUAAAAAAGAGUUCUAAACUUUUAUCUAUUCAAUCUUUUAUACUUUUAUCUUCCUCUCUCUCAAUGGCUCCUCCUCACGCUACUGAUUAUUCUUCUACUACUCCAAUGGACUCUUCUUCUGCUGCUGUUCCCGUGACUCCUCUGUUCAAGGUCAACUCUCCUAAUGUGGAAUAUACAAAUUCUCAUAUCUUAUCCAAAUACAUUUACUCCAAUACUGUGGUCAACAAACAAUCUGAUGGAUCUAUGAUUGUUGAACCUGUUGAACAAGUUUAUCAUUUUAAGACUGAACGUACUGUCCCUCGUGUUGGUUUGAUGAUGGUUGGACUUGGUGGUAACAAUGGUACUACUUUGACUGCUUCUAUUUAUGCCAACAAGAAAAAGUUGAACUGGCGUACCAAAUCAGGUGUUCAUGAACCAAACUACUGGGGUUCCAUUACUCAAGCUUCUACUGUUCGUCUUGGUGUUGAUGGUGAUGGUAACGAUGUUUACGUUCCUUUAUCUGAAAUGAUGCCUAUGUUGAAUCCUUCUGAUUUGGUUAUUGGUGGUUGGGAUAUCUCUAGUAAGAAUUUGGCCGAAUCUAUGGAACGUGCUCAAGUUCUCGAAUAUGAUCUCCAACGUCAAGUUUAUGAUGAAUUAGCCAAGAUCAAACCCUUACCCUCUAUUUAUUAUCCUGACUUUAUUGCUGCCAAUCAAUCUGAUCGUGCUGAUAAUUUGAUUCCUGGUGACAACAAGCGUGCUCAUGUAGACCACAUUCGCAACGAUAUUCGUGAAUUCAAGGCUACCAAUGGUUUGGAUAAAGUGGUUGUUGUCUGGACUGCCAAUACUGAACGUUAUGCUGAAUUAAUCGAUGGUGUCAAUGAUACUGCUGACAACUUUUUGGCUUCUGUUGCUUCUUCUCAUGAUGAAAUAGCUCCAUCCUCCAUUUUUGCUUUGGCUUGUAUUGAAGAAGGUGUGCCUUUUAUCAACGGUUCUCCUCAAAAUACCUUUGUUCCUGGUCUUAUCGAAUUGGCUGAACGUGAACGUGCUUUUAUUGGUGGUGAUGACUUCAAAUCUGGACAAACUAAAUUCAAAUCUGCUAUUGUCGACUUUUUGGUAAAUGCCGGUAUCAAACCUGUUGCCAUUACUUCUUAUAAUCACUUGGGUAACAACGAUGGUAAGAACUUGUCUUCUCACAAGCAAUUCCGUUCCAAGGAAAUCUCCAAGUCUACUGUGGUUGAUGAUAUGGUGGCUGCCAAUGAUAUCUUGUACAAGCCUGGAGAACAUCCUGAUCAUACUGUUGUCAUCAAGUAUGUACCUUCUGUUGGUGAUUCCAAACGUGCUUUAGAUGAAUACGAAUGUGACAUCUUCAUGGGCGGUCGUCAAUCUAUCUCUGUUUAUAAUGUUUGUGAAGAUUCUUUGUUGGCUUCUCCUCUUAUUAUCGAUUUGGUGGUGAUGGCUGAACUUAUGACACGUAUUCAAUACAAGACAGGUGAAAUGACAAAAUUCAGUUCUUUCCAUAGUGUUUUGUCUCUUCUUAGUUAUAUGCUCAAAGCCCCUAUGGUAUCUCGUGGUACUCCUGUUGUCAAUGCCUUGGGUAGACAACGUUCUGCCAUUGAAAACAUCUUCCGUGCUUGCGUUGGUCUUGCUCCUAACAACGAAAUGGGAUUGGAACACAAGAUUUGGCAAUAAAAUCAAUCACGUAGUUUAGUUUAUAAUCUUCUUGAUUGUUUGUUAUUCAAUAAAAAAGAAUAUCCAUAUUUUUGUUUAUAAA